CUGUCUUGAGUGUGUCGUGUGGUGAGUGUCAAGCACAGACAACGCCAGUCUGCGUCCAUAUCCGUGUCUGCCGCACUGCACCUUCUCUUCAUAUCUCACCACUUUACUGCAGGCGUUCCUAUUCUGUCGCCUGCAACCUUGACCACUUGGAGCCUUGCAUUCUUGUCGUCGUUUCUUCCUUUCCUUAUCUCUCUUCCCGUUCACUCUACUCUUGGUCAUCUUCUAGUUGUCUUUCACAAAUCUGGCACUCUGUGCCUGUUGCACUCGCUUUUGUCCUUUCUGACCUCCCCAAGGGGGCCAUACACAUAAUGUCUCCCGACGUCCGGCUUCACCUUUGGUGGCCAACUUACCUCAUUUUAAUCUUCACAUGCUUAUCCCAAGCAUUCUAUAUCCCAGGUGAGUCGAGUCUAAAUCUAGCCUGGGUUCUGGGUUCUGGGUUCCGAGUUCCCGGUCGAGGGUGCUGUGGGUGAAGUAUCACUGCUUCUUACACCCGUGACAGGUUAUUCAAUACGCACUUAUCAGAACGAUGAAAACAUCCCCUUACUCGUCAACAAAGUCUACUCAGACAACAGCCCUCUUCAAUAUGCCUAUUUCGAACUCCCUUUUGUCUGCCCUCCCACGGGUCGGAAACAUCCAGGCUCGUCGUUUGCUAGCGGCCACAGCGUUCCUCUCAACCUCGGAGAAGUCCUCCGCGGCGAUCGUAUCAAGACGUCAGACUUUGAGAUCAACAUGGGCCAGGAUGUCGAAUGUCAAUAUCUGUGCGACAGAGUCGUCGAUCGACGACAGAUGAAAUGGGCCCAGGACCUGAUCGAGGAGGGUUAUGUCACCGAGUGGAUCUUGGACAACCUCCCUGGCGCGACUUCUUUUACUACUCCAGACCGAUCAAAGAAAUACUAUGCUGCUGGCUUCAAGAUGGGAUACAAGGGCUAUGACAUGGCCACCGGCAAACAGAGGUAUUACCUGAACAAUCACCAUACCUUGGUGGUCCGUUGGCGCAGAGCCUCCGGACGGGCCGGCGAUGCUGGCGGAAAUGUCAUUGUCGGCUUCGAGGUCUACGCAAAGAGUAUUUAUGGAAACCAUCGGAACGAGACGGGCUGUCCGCUCGAUGUUGCCGCUGACCACGACCCCUUUGCCCUCUACAUGUCGCCCAAACCCAACGACGACCUCAGAACGCAGUACGCUGAUUCCUCCUACAUACCCGACUAUGCCGAUAUGGACGAUGGCUCGACCUUGACCAUUCCAUACACCUACUCGGUUUAUUUCCGCGAGACCACCGACAUUGAAUGGGCGAAUAGAUGGGAUCUCUACUUUACCGAUCAGUCCGAAAGUUCCUUCACCCACUGGCUCGCCAUCGUCAACUCGUUGAUCAUCUCGGGCGUUCUCGGCGCCGUUUGCAUCGUUAUCUGGGGACGAACCAUGCAGGGAGACGUCAGAGGAAGAGGAGACGGCGUUCUUGAGGAGGCACGGCUCCGCAUCACCAAAUUCGGAGACAAGAAAUCAUUGGGCAAUGGACUGCUGGAGAAGAUAUCGGAACCAGGCCCGGACGACGAUACCUGCUCGGAUGAAGAGCCCUCGGAGGAGCUCACGGGCUGGAAAAUGCUACACGGCGACGUGUUUAGACCACCUCCUUACGGCGGUUUGUUGGCACCGCUGGUCGGCUCUGGAAUGCAACUCGUUUUCAUGGUUGGUGGACUCCUGGUCCUCAGUUGCAUUGGGGUCUUGAAUCCUAGCUGGCGUGGAGGAUUUGUGAGCGUGGGUGUUGGUCUAUUUGUUUUUGCUGGAUGUUUCUCUGGCUACUUCUCAGCCCGAGUGUACAAGACAUUUGGCGGGCAGAACUGGCGCAAGAACACGAUGAUGACUGCUCUUCUUUUCCCCGGGCUACUCUUCACUCUGGUCUUUGUGCUCAACCUCUUCACGUGGGCACAGGCAUCGUCGACAGCCAUCCCCUUCUCCACGCUGGUGGCCUUGGCUUCGCUGUGGCUUCUGAUCCAACUCCCGUUGGUCCACAUUGGCUCGUUUUAUGGGUACCAUCGCUCGUCAGCGUGGGAACAUCCCACGCGAACGAAUGCCAUACCGCGACAGAUCCCCCCACGAGCAUGGUAUGCUCAACAUCAGAUUGGGUUGGCACUAGGAGCAGGACUCGUGUCGUUUGCGGUGCUUUUCAUCGAACUCAUCUUUGUCUUCAAGUCUCUGUACCUCGACAAGUCGUCCUACUACUACGUAUUUGGGUUCCUGAGCAUCAUUGCGGCUCUUUUGUCCAUUACGAUUGCCGAGACAGUCAUGAUUACGACUUAUAUUCAAUUAUGCGCAGAAAAUUACCAUUGGUGGUGGCAGUCAUUUUUCGUGGGAGGGGCGUCUGGGGCCUGGAUAUUCAUCUACUCGAUUUGGUAUUACUGGACGAGGCUCCACAUUGAAGGGUUCAUCAGCAGCCUGUUAUUUUUCAGUUACAGCGCACUCGCGUGUGCGGUGUACGCCAUGGCCACGGGGACCAUUGGGUUCUUGACCGCCUAUGUUUUUGUUCGCAGGAUUUACGGAGGCGUCAAGGUGGACUGAGAGUCCCCGUGAGCCACAUGGAUGGUGGGUCAAUGAUGCAGGUCCAGGACCCCAUGGAGCAAGAACCGUGCUUGCGGCCUUGUCGAUUUGUAUAGAUGAGCAGCAUGGAGAAGAUGGUUGGGUAGAAAGUCCCCAUCCAAAUAUGGCUACCACAAGAAUCCAUACGGAAUAAUGAUUUUCAUUGAUUGAUCAGUA